GUGGAGAAUUCGCGAGAAGUGUCAUGGCGUCGUGUUCUUUGUGCGUCUAGACGAUAUGAGACGCAUGUAGCCGGCAGAUAAUAAUAUGGCAUUGCCGAACUAUCGCCAGGUUGCACAGUCCUCUCCAGCAGUUCAGAGAGGACGGUCAGCACCUGGCACACCAUCAGCUUCAGAGAAGGGCUCUGGUGGUAGCCCGUUUAUCCAGACCAGUCAUGGACAUCCCGGCUUUAAUCCUACGAAGGUUGGGAAAUCGGCCCCUAGUGACCCUAGGGUGCCGAAACCUCCCAAACCCCCAGACAAGCCUCUCAUGCCUUACAUGAGAUAUAGCCGUAAGGUGAGUAGGAAGGUAUGGGAGCAAGUAAAGGCCUCCAACCCAGACCUCAAACUAUGGGAAAUCGGCAAGAUUAUUGGACAGAUGUGGAGAGACUUGAGUGAUGUCCAGAAACAAGAAUACAUGGACGAAUAUGAAACUGAAAAGGUUACGUACAAUGAGGCAAUGAAGUCCUACCAUAACUCCCCUGCCUACCAGGCAUGGGUAGCAGCAAAGGGAAAAGCCACUGAAGCCGCUGCUCUGGAAGAGGAGGAAUCGCGGGCCGAAAGAGCCACUGCUAGCUCUCGGCAGUCGGUAAGAGUAAUGAAUUCUAAGAACGUGGACAUGCCGAGAAUCAGCAUUCAGCCUGCAGAAGAUGAAGAUGACUUGGAUGAUGGUUUCUCGGUGAAGCAUAUAGCUCAUGCUCGUUAUCAGCGCAAUCAUCGGCUCAUCAAUGAGAUCUUCAGUGAUAGUGUGGUGCCUGAUGUUCGGACAGUGGUCACUACAGGCAGAAUGAGUGUGCUCAAGAGGCAGGUCCAGUCUCUCACAAUGCAUCAGAAAAAACUUGAAUCAGAGUUACAACAGAUAGAAGAGAAACAUGAAGCCAAGAAAAGGAGAUUCUGUGAGUCCAGUGAAGGUUUCCAUGAAGAGCUCAAAAAGUUAUGUGAGAACAAGCCCCAGGUGACUGAAGACAUGUUCAAUGGAAUGAUAUCAAAGGCACGAGAGGACAUGCGUCAACGGCAUCAACAACUCAUUCAGCAACAGGAAGAAGAGAAGAAGAAGCAGCAGCUGCGUGAUGAAGAGAAAAAGAAGAAGGAGGAAGAAGACAGAAAGAAAGAAGAAGAAGAGAGGGAGAAAUCUCAAGAGGAACAGAUGGACGUUGAUCAGGCUGUGAAAGAGGCUGCACCACAGCCGACAGUUAAUGGCACGGACAUGAAACCAAAAGAAAAUGGAAUGGACACAACCCUUACUCCAGAUGGUGACAGUAACUCAAUGGAUGUAGAGGAAGCUAAACCUGCAGAUGCCACCAACACCGAGACGAACAAGGUACCAGUUGAGCCAGACAGCACAGUUCCUAGUCAAUCAGCUGCUCCAGUAUCACCAGCUGCAGCAGCAGCAGCAGAAGCUGUGGAGUCGGAAACACCAGCAACAACAGGGCCCACUGAGGUGCAAGACACACCCCUAGCCACUGACUCUACAGAUAAGCCUGAAGAACCAUCCGAUUCUUCUCAGCCGCCCAUAAGCUCAGAACAAGAUCAAAAGGAGGCAUCUGAGCCACCAGUUAAGGAGACGGAAAUGGCGAAAGAAGCUGGCCCAGAAGAAGAAAAAACUUCCAUGCAGCUAUGACCUGCAACUUAGAAUCUAAUUUCAAUGAAGUAAUCUGUUACCAUUAAUUAAUUUUGUUGUUGUGCUAAAACAGUAUUCUUUGGUACAUAUUUCUUGGAAGAAAACGUUUUGGGAUUGGGUAUAAAAAUAAAACUAAGGUAGAAUUAUGAAUGUUUGAAGUAAAAAUCAUGUUUAUAUGCAUACUGUUUUAAUUUCGAAAUGAGUAUUGAGCGAUUGAAAAGACUGUUCCAGUCUUAUUUAUUAAGAAAUUUUUGGGUCUGAAUGUAAUUGACUAUGUUAUAAUUUACCUGUUUGUCCUAGUUUUAUCCAUGUUAUCUGAGGGUGUAUUUUCAUACCGUUGUGAUGAUGGUCGUUUUAUUGUCUGCAUUUUCAUACCAUUUAUAUCACAUGUCAUAUAUCAUGCUAGAAUAAAGUGUACGCAAACUA